AUGAGAAGUAAUAAUUAGCGCGAGAAUUAAGAGAAAAGUGUUAGAAAACCAAGUCGUAAUAACUUAGUUUUUUAAUUUAAAUCAAAGCAAUUUUAAGAUGAAGAGGAAAUAGAUUAAAUAAUCAAAUCAUGUGAGAAAUCAUAAAAAUCUAGGAAACUAAGAAAAUUAAGUUAAGACUCUUCUAUGGAAGUAGAAGAAGAAGAGGAUGAUUAAUCAGAUAGUUAAUAUGAAUCAGAUUAUAAUGAAGAUUAUUGUUGGAAAUGUAGAUAAAAAAAUAGACCUUUGUUGUGUUGUGAUUCAUGUUAUAGAUCAUUUCAUAUGGCAUGUAUUGGAAUAAAAAAGAUGCCUCCAGGAUCUUGGUAUUGUCCAUAAUGUUAUUAAUAUGAAUAAUCAUAUUGUCCUUAUUGUGAUGAAUAAAGUACAAAUGAAAAAAUUAUCUGUUCCAAAUGCAACACAUUUAUUCAUUUAGAAUGCGUCUUAAAAGACAUGCCCUUUGAAGCUCUUUUGAGAUCACCAGUAAAUCGGAAACAUAUUUCAGAAGAGUAGUUUUAAUAAUUAUUGUUAUCUGAAAGACCAACUAAGUCUUCCCCAUUGAUAUUUCAUUGCUGUUUGAAAUGUUUAUAAAGUUUUGGUGUUGGAUAAAUCUUAACUCAUUUAAAAUUCAAAGAUUAAUAGUGUUAUUUAAUUCUACUUGAAUAAUCAUCAUAUUUGCAUUGUCAUUUUUUUGGUUAAACUUAAGUUCAAUCUGUAAAUCAAAGAAAGUUGAAAAAUUAUAUAGAGAAAAAUGAAGGAAAAUAAGAUACCUUAGAAAAUGAUAAUGAUGCUGAAUUAUAAACAUCACUAAAUUAUAUUGAAGAAGACAUUUUAGAAUAUUUAGAACCUGAAAGAAUUAUUGGAUGUAAAAGAGGAGCUAAUGAUUAAAAAAAAUAAUGGAAGGAAAUAUUUAAUUAAGAUAUGCCUAAAAUAACAUAAUAUGGAACUAAGAAUAACUAUAAAUUUUUAAUUAAAUGGUCAAGAAUGUUUUAUGAAGAAAGCAGUUGGGAAGAUGCCUACUUUAUUAUGGAAAAAUACAGGGAUGAAUUUAAAAGAUUCUUAAAAUCAAAAAUAUUAGAAGAAACUUAUGGUACUCAAGAAUAUGAUUAAUUUAUUAAACAAUUUUAGAAAGUUCCUCCAGGAAAGGCUAAGAAAAAUCAACCUGCUUGGAUCACUGGUGGAUAAUUGCAUUAAUUUUAACUUUAAGGAUUGUAAUGGUUAUAAAAAUCAUAUGAAACUAAUAAUAAUGUUAUACUUGCAGAUGAAAUGGGAUUAGGAAAAACUAUAUAAACCAUUUCAUUUUUAAACUUUUUAUAAUAUGAAAAAAAAAAAUCAGGACCAUUUCUUAUAAUUGGACCAGCAACUAUCUUAUAUAAUUGGUUGAAAGAAUUAAAAAAAUGGGCUGAAACUUUUAAUGUUAUCGUUUACACAGGUAAUCAAGAAAGUAGGGACAUUAUCAAAUCUAAAGAAUUUUAUUAUAGUAAUAACAACAAUGUUUGUAAAUUUAAUGUAAUGAUUACUAGCUAUGAUAUUGCUAUUAUAGAUUAAUCUAUCAUCAAAAAGAUUAAUUGGGAAUGCCUUAUUGUAGAUGAAGCUCAUAGAUUAAAAAAUAAUGAUUCUAAAUUCUUUAAAGUCUGUUCUUAAUUCUCUAGUUAACAAAUUAUCUUACUUACUGGUACUCCUUUAUAAAAUAAUUUAUAAGAAUUAAUAAAUUUAAUUGAAUUCAUAGCUCCUUAAAAAGUAAAAUAACUUAAAAAAGAGUAAUUAAAUGUUUUAUUUAAUAAUUAAGAUUUAGAUGAUUUCUAAGAAGUCAAAAAAACUACAUUAACAGAAUUAAAUUCUUUAUUAAAACCUCAUAUUCUAAGAAGAACAAAGGCUGAUGUAAAAUUGUAGGUUCCUGAAAUGGAAGAAAUUAUUAUUAAAUUGUGUUUGACAGAUAAAUAGAAGUUUCUUUAUAAAAAUGUUAUGUUAAGAAAUUAUGAAAAAUUGAAAGUUUUAGAUUAAAAAAAAGGGGCUAGUAAGGCUAAUUUAUUAAAUAUUUUAAUGUCCUUAAGACUAGUAUGUAAUCAUCCUUAUCUUUUUACUUACAAGAGAGAGUUUCCAAAUGAAGAUAUAGAAGAAAUGAUUAAUUAAUCAAAUAAAUUAAAAUUUGUAGAUAGAAUCAUUCCUAGAUUAUUAGAAAUGCAACAUAAAAUGCUUAUUUUUAGUUAAUUUACAAUGAUGCUUGAUUUAAUGCAACAUUAUUUAUAAUUAAGAGGGUAUAGUUAUGAAAGAUUAGAUGGAACUACAAGUAUUAUGGAUAGAUAAAGAAUUAUUGAUUCAUUUAAUAAUUCAACUGGUAAAUCAAAAAUAUUCCUACUUUCAACAAGAGCUGGAGGAUUGGGUAUUAAUUUAACUUCUGCUGAUACUAUUAUUUUUACUGAUAGUGAUUUUAAUCCAUAUAGAGAUCUUUAAGCAAUUAGUAGAGCACAUAGAAUGGGAUAAACAAAUAAAGUUAAAGUAUUUAGAUUAGUAAGUAAAUAUACAGCUGAAGAAAGAAUUAUUUAAAUAGCAACUAAAAAAUUGCUUUUAGAAGAAAUUAUUAUAAAUCCAAUUAAUAAAUUUACUAAAGAUGAUUUUUAAUCAAUUUUUAAAGAAAGUACUUGGGAAUUGUUUAAUAAAAAUUUAGAAGAAAAAGACUAAGAAUUUACAGAUGAAUAAUUAAAUAUAUUAUUAUAAAGAGAUAUUGAAUAGUAAUCAGAUUAACAAUAUGUAAAUUUAAAAAAAAAUGAUAUAAAUGAUUAUUAUUUAUCAGGAUUCAAAUUUACGAGUUUUAAUUUAGAAUAAGUAGAGAAAGAAGGUGAUGAAAGUCAUUAGAAUGUUAAUUUAGAUAAAUAUUGGGAAACAUUUUUAGAUGAGGAAGCUAAAGAAUUUGCAGAAAAAGAAUAAUAUGAAUUUGGUAAAGGAAAAAGAUUAAAAAAAUAAAAUAUCCCUAACUAUCAUGAAGAUUAUCAUCAAUGUAUUAUAUAAAUUAGAAAUAUAAUUAGUUUCAUCAUCCUAAUAUAGUCCAUCUGAUUAAAGUUAAAGAACUGGAUCAGAAUAAGAAAAUGAUGAGAAUAAGAAAGAUUAGAAAGUAGUAUCAGAGAGAAUGUAGAAGUUAAUAGAUAAAGAUUUAUAAAUUAUGAGAUUUUUCUAAUAAACUGUUCUUGAACAUUCAGAAUUAGCAUAACUUAGUGUUGAUAAUGAUAUAGUGACAUAUGGUUUUACAGCUUAUCAUAGAUUAGAAUUUCUUGAUUUUGUUUUAUCUUUUGGAAUGGAUUUCGAUUCAAUUGAUUAAUUUUAUUAAGCGUAAUAAUUUAUUAUUUAGAUAUUAGAUUAUAGAGAGAAAAACCUUAAUGUUUUUCACCCGAGCAUAAACCUAGUAAUGAUGAAUUUAAAAAGUAUGUUAAAGAAUUUUAUUCUCUACUUUUGGAUUAUGAGUAAUUCAAAGAUAAAAAAAAUAUUGCAUUUUGUAAAAUUAAUCCUAAGGAUAUAUUUUAUAGAAUUUGUGGAUUGAUCUAUUUAAAAAAGAAAUAUUAAUUCUACUAAAACAGACAAGCAAAAUUUACUAUUAAGCAUGAAAGUAUAAUUAAUGAACAUUAAUUUUUUAGACUAUUAAAAAAAUAAAGUACAUAAGGAUUAAGAAUAAAUUAUAUACAAAAAUGAAGAGUGGACAAAUUUCGAUGAUUUUACUCUUUGUAAAUAUAUAGCUGAAAAAGGUCUUAAUUCAAGUAUGUAUUAUUUUGAUAAUUUAAGUUGAUUAGAUUGUUGAAGAUCAAGGUUACUUUUAAUUUGCUUCAGAGAUACAAGAAUAUCCAUUCUGGUUUAAAUUAUUUAGAAAAAUUGAAUAGAUUCAAUUCGAAUAGAUUUAAAAUGAGGAAUAAGUUAAGAAAUAUCUGAAGUAUUGGAUGUAGUAAAGAUGUUUAAUGUUAAUGAGUUUAAUUAUUGAUUCUGAAGAAUGA